UGAAGAACAAAAAUCACAUACAAGAGAGUUGCAUGAAACCACCUGGAACGAAUCUCAGGGCUGGCACCGAAUAUUGCUGUGGUUUUGGUGAAAAGGAGAGAUGGAGGAGGAAAGCGGGGGAGAAAGAGGAGGAAAAAGGGAGAGAACGAGGAAACGGGGAAGAAAAAGCAGGAGAAACGGAAGGAAAAUGGGAGGAAAAGAUGGGAGAAAGGGAAUGGGAAGGGAGAAGGGGGAGAAAUAGGCAGGAUAAAGGGGAGGAAGAGAGUGGAGAAAAGGGAGGAAGAGAGUGGAGAAAAGGGAGGAAGAGAGUGGAGAAAAGGGAGGAAGAGAGUGGAGAAAAGGGAGGAAGAGAGUGGAGAAAAGGGAGGAAGAGAGUGGAGAAAAGGGAGGAAGAGAAAAGGGAAAGGAAGAGGGGAGGAAAAACCUGUUGCGCUUGUUUGCUGUGUAAAUGAAAAUCUCGGCCACGAGCCGAGCCGGACCGUGCUGGGCAGCACCAGAGCCGGCAGCAGCGCUGCGGCAGGAGCCGAACGAGCCGGCCGGUGCUGCCGGCGGGCCCGGGCUCCGAUGGAUGGAUGCACGGGGCGCGCAGGACAGCACCGCGCCGGCCGCGCCGCCCGCCCCGCGCGGGCCCCGCGCCCUCCCCGCCCUCCCGCCGGCCGCGGGCGGCCCGGAGCCCCGCGCGGGGCGGUGCCGGAGCCGCGGGCGGCGCGGCCCCGGCGGUCCCGCCCGAGCCGAACGUGCCGCUCCCGCUCUGGCGCUAUGGACAAGAACAUGAAGGAGAACCACGCUGCGUAUCCCGGCCGCGCUGCCAAGGUGGCAAACGCCAUCGGGGAUGUCCCCAAACGCGUCCCCGUGGCCCAGCCCUCAGCCCAGAGCCGGUUACUGACCAGCGGAGCUCCAGCCCGUGUUCUGUGUCCUGCAAACUUCGCCCAGAGAGUUCCCGUGCAACCCCAAAAAUCAGCGCCGUCAACCCAAAAACUGCCCAGCAGCCAAACCACGCAGCAGCUCCGACCCAAACCUUCCCAGCAGGCGACUGUGAGGCCUCAGGCUGCAAGCAAGAGCGGUGAAAAACCUCCCCCGGCUGCAGCACCUGUUAAAAAUCCUGAAACAGAAAGCGCCUCUAAACAGAAAACGGAAGAGACUACUAAGAAGAAAACUGAAGAUACCAAAAAGAAAAGUGAGGAGACUAAAAAAAGGCAAUGGUCUCUUGAUGAUUUUGAAAUCGGUCGUCCUCUGGGGAAAGGAAAAUUUGGGAAUGUGUAUCUGGCACGUGAAAAACAAAGCAAAUUCAUUCUUGCACUGAAAGUGCUGUUUAAAACACAACUUGAGGAAGCUGGAGUAGAACAUCAGCUACGGAGGGAAGUGGAAAUACAAUCGCAUCUUAGGCAUCCCAACAUCCUCAGACUGUAUGGCUACUUCCACGAUGUGACAAGAGUCUACCUCAUCCUGGAGCACGCACCUCGUGGAGAAGUCUACAGGGAGCUGCAGAGGCUCACCAAGUUUGAUGAGCAAAGAACUGCCACUUACAUCACAGAACUGGCAGAUGCCCUCUCGUACUGUCACUCCAAGCGUGUCAUCCAUAGAGACAUCAAGCCAGAGAACUUGCUGCUGGGAUCAAAUGGAGAAUUAAAAAUUGCUGAUUUUGGGUGGUCUGUGCACGCUCCCUCUUCUAGGAGAACAACUCUCUGUGGGACACUUGACUACCUGCCUCCUGAAAUGAUAGAGGGAAGAACACACGAUGAAAAGGUGGACAUUUGGAGCCUGGGCGUUCUCUGCUAUGAAUUCCUUGUAGGGAAACCACCUUUUGAAACACAAAGCUAUCAGGAAACCUACAAAGCUAUUUCCAGGGUGGAAUUCAAGUUUCCUCCGUUUGUCACGGAAGGCGCGAGGGAUUUGAUUUCCAGGCUCCUGAAGCACAACCCCUUCCAUCGCCUGCCCCUGAAGGAUGUUCUGCUCCACCCCUGGAUCACAGCCAACUCCACCAAGACUCCCACCAGCAGGAAGAGUGAUGGAGCUGCCCCAUCCAAAACAUAGUUUGAGGAGGGUGACUUGUGGAUCAGCAAGAAGAGCCUUGUACUGUGACUACUGUAAUGCUUACAAUAGGAAAAGCAGGUCUUGGGAGUCUAGUGGCAAUUGGGGAUGCAAAUCCUUGGGUUGGCUGGUGUCUUAAACUCGAAUUGCAGCGUAAGAUUAUUUCACUUCUAGCUGGAGCUGGUGGAAUAUUGAAUUACUUGAACUCAGUUCCACGUGGGCCAGGUUUGCUGAUGUAAGAAUGAAGCUGUUGGAGGCUCCUGUGCUGAAAAUGGUUCGUUGUUCCACCACAAGGAAGUUCUGGCUUGUGGAACAGUGCAAUAUUCUGGAGAGCCUGCUCCUCCCUCCCUGGGCUGCUCAGGGUGUCCGACCUGUGGUUUAACCUGAAACUGAGCACGUGAAUGCCUUUUCAAAUGUUCUAAAAAUGAUGUGGCAAUUAGUUUUGUCUCUAGUUUUAAAUGUGAGCACUCAAUUUGUAAAAUAAAGAGUUGUUAUACUACACCCAGCAGGGUGAGGUUGCCUGUGGCACUGCUUGGCUCCAGCACAGCUGAACUCCUGGUCCUGGAGGUGAAUUCCCAAUGGAUAAUCCCCACCUCUGUCAAAAAGGAAGCUCCAAGUGCUGGUA